AAGUAACAGUAGUGUGUGCAUGACGUCCAACAAACCCGAAAAUAGAUCCGACCCGAGCACAACCAACCCCACCCCACUGCUAUCAUCUCUAUCUUCUUCUUCCUGUGUCUAUUUUUUCAUCAUAUUUACACACAAUUAUUAGGUCAUCCUAUUCCCAUUUUGCCCCUCUCCAGAUCUUCAAACACAUCCUCUUGUAUAAUAACCCUAUUACAUAUUUGUUUAUUUAAUUUAAUUAUUUACAGCACCUGUGAAUUAUGAGCGCCGUUCUUUUUUAAAUCUCGCCGGAGAGAUUUCGCCGGCUAAAUUAUGAGGUCAUCGGAAGAUUCGAAUUCUCCGUCCACUUCAAAUCUACUUCCUCCCAGACACUCCAAUCUCAAGAAGAAAAGUAAUGUCUUCCGACUGUUAGCACGGAGAGAAAUUUCACCUCGGACUAAAGAUUCUUCUAGAAACUUGUGGAGGGAGGAUUCAAAGAGUAAUGUUAAUUCAGCUGUUUUAAGAGGCGAAGCUGCAAGGGAUGUUAGGCGCAGUCUUAUAUCAUGGGUAGAGGCAGAGUCGCUGCGACAUUUUACAGCCAAAUAUUGUCCGCUACUGCCGCCUCCUAGGUCAACAAUCGCCGCAGCCUUCAGCCCUGAUGGAAAGACACUUGCUUCCACUCAUGGAGACCAUACAGUGAAGAUAAUUGACUGUCAAACUGGACGAUGCUUAAAGGUGUUAAGUGGUCACCGCAGGACACCCUGGGUGGUUCGAUUUCAUCCUCUGUGUCCUGAUAUACUUGCCAGCGGAAGCUUGGAUCAUGAAGUUCGGUUAUGGAAUGCAAAAACUGCAGAGUGUAUAGGGUCACGCGAUUUUUAUCGUCCUAUAGCUUCGAUUGCUUUCCAUGCGCAAGGGGAGUUUCUAGCUGUAGCUUCAGGCCAUAAGCUUUAUAUAUGGCACUAUAGUGGAAGAGUGGAAACAGUAUCACCAUCAAUCAUACUUAAAACCCGCCGUUCUCUUCGUGCUGUGCAUUUUCAUCCUCAUGCUGCUCCAUUUCUUCUGACUGCUGAGGUAAAUGAACUUGAAUCGUCAGAUUCCACAGUGACACUUGCAACUUGUCCGAAUUAUUUACGGUACCCCCCUCCUACUGUAUAUCUGGCCGAUGCUCAUCCUGAUAAUCAGUCUAGACAGGUCAGCGAGUUACCAUUAAUGUCUCUUCCAUUCUUGUUAUGGCCUUCAAUUGGUCGAGGUGAUGGGAGAAUCCCGUUGCAACAAACUGAUGCAGAUGUCAGUUCAACUAGUACUACACAGAGAGCAGAAUCUUCUGGCUCUGUCCGACUUCUUACUUAUUCUACUCCAUCAGGGCAGUAUGAGCUUUUGUUGUCUCCUAUAGAACCUGGAAGCUCCCCUGUACCACAAGAACCUGAGGCUAAUGCUUUAAUUGUGGAAAUGGAAAAUGGUUCAACCAAUCCGACAGUAGAUGCAAUGGAAACUGACGUGCAGCCUGAAAGAGUUAACCAAAUAUUCCCAUUGGGUGAUCCCACCAGUUGGGAAGUACCAUUUUUGCAAGGGUGGUUUAUUGGACAAAGCCAAGCUGGCCAACAAACAAUGCAUCCGUUUAAUGUUGUGGCUGCUGAAAAUGUAUCUAACUCUACUAGAAUGGAGAAUCAUGGUUCUACAACUCCUACAGCAUUGCCAUCUGGUUCUGCUGAAUCUCGGCUGAAUUUGAGAUCAGGUUCUCACCACCAGUAUUCACAACCUUAUAUGUCAUCUACGGCAUCUGGUAGUGGUACUUUAACACGUGAUGAGAGUGAAUCGCAGCACUUUGUUGAGCGAAUUCAGUCUGAGAUUGCCACAUCACUUGCUGCAGCAGCUGCAGCAGAGUUACCUUGCACUGUGAAGCUUAGAAUAUGGCCUCACAAUGUAAAAGAACCUUGUCGACUUCUUGACGCAGAACGAUGUCGCUUAAUAAUACCACAUGCUGUCCUCUGUAGUGAAAUGGGUGCCCAUUUUUCACCUUGUGGCAGAUUUUUAGCUGCCUGUGUUGCAUGUGUCUUGCCAAACGUGGAAGCUGAUGCUGGUUUUCCCGGGCAGCAGGUACACCCUGAUGUCAUGGGGGUUUCAACAUCUCCAACGAGACACCCUAUAUCAGCCCAAGAAGUCAUGUAUGAGCUUCGGAUAUAUUCCCUAGAGGAGGCGACAUUUGGUUUGGUGCUUGCUUCACGGGCGAUCAGAGCUGCUCAUUGCUUGACUUCAAUUCAGUUCUCACCUACCUCUGAGCACUUAUUACUUGCCUAUGGCCGUCGCCAUAGUUCACUGCUAAAGAGUGUUGUCAUUGAUGGAGAGACAACUGUACCUGUUUACACCAUUCUGGAGGUUUAUAGAGUUUCUGAUAUGGAACUUGUGAGAGUGCUUCCUAGUGCAGAGGAUGAAGUCAAUGUAGCCUGCUUCCAUCCAUCGGUCGGUGGCGGUCUUGUCUAUGGAACAAAGGAAGGAAAGCUAAGGAUUUUUCAGUAUAAUGUUUCUAGUGGCUUGAACUAUUCAGGAAUCUGUUCUUCAGAUGAAGACAUGAUUGAGGGUUUGAUUGCAGAUCAUUAAGGAGUGGAUGUAUCUUGGCUAACUACUUUAUUACUUGAUAAGUUGUCCAUACAAAUAGUGAACCCAUGCAUACAGUGCUCUUGCCUAGUACCUGUAUGCACGCUCCUUCAGUGGGUAAGAUACAAAUUUGUAAUUUCGGAGCUAUGACUGUUUAGUUUCUGGUAUAGACAUUUAGAUAUAUGGCAAACAAAUGGAAACUACCUGCACAGAAGAUGAGUGCAUGUGAUGCAGAGAAGUUGGUUGUCUGGUCUCUCUCUCUUGUUCAAUGAACUACAACAGUUCAAGCUUAAUAAGUGAUCCCCCUCACUGCCAAAGCAAAUUGUCGAGUUCAUGAGAGAAAUACUUGUACUCAGUAUACCUUAGCUUCAGAUAUGCAGACAUAUUUCUGGAAGCUGAGUAGGGUUCAUUGUAUGACAUUUGUGUUUCUGUACAUUAGAUGUUAGAUUCAAAUAUUUGAUUUGUCUUUUUAACAAGAAAAAAAAAAAAAGGAAUAGAAUGUUGUUGUAAUUUAGAAAUGUGCUAUUUUGGCACGCCUUUGGCUGGUUAUAUGGAGAAAGUUGUUGGGUUUUGGUCA